AUGAAUAGAUUUUCCGAGCUUUUCAUUUUGAUCGCUACUUUCUCGACCGUUUUGAUCCAAGGUUUGUUGGGUUCGGUUGUUUCGACUGGGGAUUAUAACGAGGAUUUCUAUGUGAUAUGGUCCCCGAGCCAUGUGAACACAUCUUCGGAUGGCAAAAGCCGAACAAUAAUUCUUGACAAGGAUUCAGGGUCUGGUUUUGCUUCAAAGGACAUGUUCUUGUUUGGUCAGUUUGACAUGCAAAUCAAGUUGAUUCCAGGGAACUCAGCAGGCACUGUUGUGGCAUUUUAUGUAAGUUGA